AUGCUGGUCGACACGGAGCUGGCGAAUAGAACGAUCCAUUCGCCUUACAGCUUUGACAUUCCGCACGCCUUCAUCUUUAAUGACAGCCUGCAACCGGAAGUUAUCUACGGCGGCCCAUACCUGGAGAUAGUGAAGCACUUCGCCAAGGUGCACCACUACCGAUUGGAGCUGGAUCCCGUUGAAAGUCUGCCCAAAAAGUCGGUGGUGGAGGGGAACAUAGCCUCGGGCAUCUACAACCUAUCGCUGCACGGAGUUACUAUGCGUCCCGACAAGAUCGGAGAGUUCUCGGCCCUGACGCGGUACAGCUAUCCUCUGGAGCUGAUGAUGAACUGUGUGAUGGUGCCACUGGCUCCCGAGCUGCCCAAGUGGAUGUACGUGGUGUGGCCGCUGGGCAGAUUCAUUUGGUCGUGCCUCAUCCUGGGCACCCUGUACGUGGCACUUCUGUUGCGUUACGUUCACUGGCGGGAGACGGGGAGUGCCACAAAGUCCUAUACACGGAACGUGCUCCACGCCAUGGCCCUCCUAAUGUUCAGCCCCAAUAUGAACAUGUCGGUGAAGUUGAAGCAUGCCUCAUUGCGUGUGAUCGCCUUCUACACGCUGCUCUUCAUUCUGGGCUUCAUACUGACCAACUAUCACAUCAGCCACAUGACGGCCUUCGACAUGAAGCCGGUGUUCCUUCGGCCCAUCGAUACCUGGGCGGAUCUGAUCCACUCAAAGCUGCGCAUCAUUAUUCCGGAGACUCUGGUGGAGGAGCUGCGCUGGCUGCCGGCGUACCAGGCCCUGCUGGCGAGUCCUUCACGCUCCUAUGCGUAUGUGGUUACCCUGGAUGCAUGGCUAUUCUUUAAUCGGCAGCAGCGUGUGCUCAUCCAGCCGUAUUUCCACCUUUCCCAGGUGUGUUUCGGCGGUCUCUUUAACGCCCUGCCGAUGGGCAUCAAUGCUAGCUUUGCUGGGUCCUUGGACCGCUUUAUCCUGAAUGUCUGGCAGGCAGGACUGUGGAACCAUUGGGAGGAGGUGGCUUAUCGCUAUGCCAAGCGGGCUGGCUACGCCAAAGUGUUCCUGGACACAUAUCCCGUGGAGCCGCUGAACCUGGAAUUCUUUUACACGGCUUGGGUAGUUUUGGUUUUGGGAAUACCUCUCAGUUCCUUGGUAUAUGGCCUAGAGAUAUUUAUUCAUCGUCGGAGGGAAAGGCGAGUGCAAUAUGAUCGCUUCGAGUGUUGUGAUGGAUAA